GCAAUCGGAAGUUACUGUUGAAGCCAAAGCAGCCAUAACUGAUAAUGGCAGGGAGUUUCCUGGCCUCCCGUCUCCAGUGUGACGUAGUUUUCCCUUCGCCCAAAUCACACCGUUGCCCUGGGCAACAGUCGAGCCGUCUGGGAAGAUAAAUCUGUAAGUAGGCCCGGUAAAGGACCAAAGGUGACCAGACAUCCCAGUUCCUUCUGUAGGCUUGAGUCAAGAACUGUAAGUCAUCUUGGUCAUACUGGGUUGGAUGCCUAACGUUGCCAGAAAAAAGACCAGGAGAACUUUCAGGAAAAAACUUAGCUGUAUCCAACAAUUCAGAUAUGGCGGAAGUGAAGUCAAUGUUCCGGGAAGUUCUUCCAAAACAAGGGCAGUUGUCAGUGGAAGAUAUAACCACAAUGGUGCUGUGUAAACCUAAACUUUUGCCCUUAAAAUCUCUGACUCUGGAAAAACUGGAGAAAAUGCAGCAAGCAGCCCAGGAUACAAUUCGCCAACAAGAAGUGGCAGAGAAGGAACAGCAACAAAUAACUCACUGAAUGGUAACUUAGCACUUCUACAGGAUAUUCUACAGCAUAUACUAUUAACAAUAGCUAAAUAAUAAUUUGCAUCUGUAUGCUAAAGAUGGUGUGUUUAAUAAAAUUGAUAGUGCUUAUAAAAUAAAAAUACCCAAGACUAACGAAACUUGUGAAUUUAGACCCUCUGGUUUGUACUGAACAUGAGCAAUUAAAAAACUGAACCCAAAUUUUAUAGUUUUUUUUUCUUUUAACCAAGUUUUUGUAACUAUAAAUUACGGUUUCACUAUUCCUAUGACUGUGAGUCUUACAGAUAACAUUCAUAGGUACAAGUGACUAAGUGAAACUUUUAUAUUCAGGUAAUCUUUACAUGUUUAUUAAAAACUGAAUUAAAGAUACAUUCUAAUCUCGUACAAAACGUUUUUGGUGCUUUUACAUCAUCAUCUAAUUUUAGAACUUGUUUAUGAAUUUUGUGUUUCAUAUUUAAGGCUAUUUUGCCUGAUCAACUGGUCCUCCUGGCAAUGACAAAACUGUAUUUCUUAAAUCUGAUUUUUAAGAAACCUUCACUUAUAAAGUAGUCGCCUGAGCUUUUAAUGAUACUGACUUUAAGGACUAAAUUACCGUGCUACCUUUAUUCAUCCAGGUAUCAAACAUAAUUAAAACCCUAAAAAUAGAAAAAAAAUAUGGACUUGAAAGAGCCCAUGAGAUAAAUAUGAACAUUAAAUUUGGGGUUUUAGUGCUAAAAGACUGCCUUAAUGGGUGUAUUCCUAAGAAUGUAUUUGUAAAUCUGAAUAUAAUUCUUGGCUGGUUGCUACAAUCAAUAAUAGACAAUUUAAAUUAGCACAGACCUUGAGGCCUUGCUGAGUUUUGCUCUGCAAAAGAGGUCAGAAAUGUGAUCAUUCUUUAGAGAACUAUUAUUUAUUGGUAGCUGAUAUCUUCUUAGACACUGGAUAAAUGUAAAAAUUUUUGAGUUUCUGAAGAAUAAUUUUUUAUAACACAAACACUGGUAACAGAACUUAAGGAUGAUGAAGGUAUUAUAUUUUAGAAAUUUCACUGGGCUUUAAAGAAGAUCAAAAAACCAAGUAUGUAUGCAUUUCCCACAGAUAGUAUUUAAAGAAUUUACUAUUAUACUUUUGAUUUAAAAGUUUGCAAAGAACAAAGUUAAAUUCACUAGGUUCAAAUACACUCUCUUAUAGGAUUUAAAAUUUGCUGUGUAAAAUAAGUUUUUAAAAAGACCUAAGACAUAGGUACUCCCAAUAAAGAAUCAACACUGCUUCACAUGUUUUAUUUUGUCAUACAUUCUUUUAGAACCGGGUUCAUUUUUCCAGUUUUGUAGAAAAAUAGAUGUUCCAGCCACCAUUUAUUUAACUGUCUAGUCUUUAAGACCAAUCAAUAUGUUCCCUGGAAAAAUGAAUAAGUCUUAUGACUAACUCAUUUUCUUAAAGUUCUUUAAGACAAAGAAAUAACUUUUUUUUUUUUUUUAACUCCCAAAGCACAGUAUUCCAACAGCAGCAGUCAACAUGGGGUUUUAGCAGCUUAACUUCACCCCCUAAAUAAAGCUUUGUAUAAACCAGUGAUUUUACUACAAAAACACUGUCCUUGAAAGAAAGGAGUGGCAGUCAGACAUCAAUGCAAAACUUGGAAUGAUUAGGUCAUAAACAUGGCACUUACAAAAGGUAGCUUAUGAGAAUAUUCCACUUAAGAAGUGGUUACUCUUCUGUCCCUCCUUUACACCCUCAAAAAAAAAAAAAAAAAAAA